GGAAGUCAAACCUUUAGCGUGACACUGCGCAUGCGCAUGCUUCUCGUGUCUUCGACCUCUACUACAAACCGCAGACUCUGAAAUAUCGUCAGCUAAUCAGGUUGACCUGACCAUUACGUCCCUUCAUAAUGUAUGCCUGUGCUAAGUUCGUCUCCACGCCCUCUCUGGUCCGUGCUGGAUCACGGGUUCUGUACAGACCGCUCUCUGCAGCAGUAGUCUCAGAUGCCAGGAAAGCAGAGACUGCCUCCCUUCUGGCACCACAGAGUGUCAUGGCCCCCCAGCAGCAGUUGGCAGUGCGAGCUUUCCAGACCAGCGCCGUAAGCCGUGACAUUGACACCGCUGCAAAGUUCAUUGGAGCAGGAGCUGCCACUGUGGGAGUGGCUGGAUCUGGGGCUGGAAUCGGAACCGUGUUCGGUAGCCUUAUUAUUGGAUAUGCCAGGAACCCAUCUCUGAAGCAGCAGCUCUUCUCCUAUGCCAUCUUGGGCUUCGCUCUGUCUGAAGCUAUGGGUCUUUUCUGUCUGAUGGUUGCAUUCCUUAUCCUGUUUGCCAUGUAAACCAGGCAGGCCUUUACAAAAGGAGAGUUUGUAAAGAGACACGUGGUAAUAGGAAUUAGCUGUCUGAGAUGCCCUUGAAUGAUAGGAUAAUGUCAACAUAUUGUGAUGCUUAUUCUUGUUCACUGGAAUCUCUCAAAAGAUUGUGAAUCCACAGAUGUAUGGAACUCUGGCAAAACCAAAAUCAUUUUAAAUGAUGGUUUUGCCAUUAUAUUGUAUAUUUAAUCAAAUGUUUUUGUUAACAACUAUUGAAGUUACAACAACAGUAAAAAGUUAAUUCUC